GCUACGCAGACGCCGGCUGCUGGCCCGCGGGGAGUAUGGCGGCGUCUUCCAGUGGCGAGAAGGAGAAGGAGCGGCCGGGCGGCGGUUCGGGACCGGCGGGCGGUAACAGCACGCGAGAGCGACUGCUGUCUGCGCUGGAAGACCUGGAGGUCUUGUCGAGAGAACUUAUAGAAAUGCUGGCAAUUUCAAGAAACCAAAAGUUGUUACAGUCUGGAGAGGAAAACCAGGUCUUGGAGCUGUUAAUUCACAGAGAUGGGGAAUUUCAAGAACUAAUGAAAUUGGCACUUAAUCAGGGAAAAAUCCAUCAUGAAAUGCAAGUUUUAGAAAAAGAAGUAGAAAAGAGAGAUAGUGAUAUUCAGCAACUACAAAAACAGCUAAAAGAAGCAGAACAAAUACUGGCAACAGCUGUUUACCAAGCAAAAGAAAAACUCAAGUCAAUAGAAAAAGCAAGAAAAGGUGCUAUCUCCUCUGAAGAAAUAAUUAAGUAUGCACAUAGGAUUAGUGCAAGUAAUGCUGUGUGCGCCCCACUGACCUGGGUCCCAGGGGACCCACGGAGACCAUACCCAACUGAUUUGGAGAUGAGAAGUGGAUUAUUGGGUCAGAUGAACAAUCCUUCCACUAAUGGAGUGAAUGGUCACUUACCAGGGGAUGCCCUAGCAGCAGGCAGACUGCCAGAUGUCCUUGCUCCACAGUAUCCAUGGCAGUCAAGUGAUAUGGCAAUGAAUAUGCUACCACCAAACCACAGUAAUGACUUUUUGUUGGAGCCUCCAGGGCAUAAUAAAGAAAAUGAAGAUGAUGUAGAAGUUAUGUCAACAGACUCCUCAAGCAGUAGUAGUGACUCUGAUUAAAAAAAAUGUAAGACAAAAGGCAUACAGAAAUACUGGCUGUACUGAAAUUGUGCCGCCCAUUAAGCAUCACACUGGACUUUCUUUUUAAAGCCAAAAAUCAUGGUUUCAGUUCUAAACCAUUAGGUGAAUAUUUAGAGAAUAAUCAAAAUUUACUGCUGGAAGAAAGAUUAUUCAGUACUGUCUUGUUCUAUUCCAGUUGUGUUGGACGUCUACAUAGUGGUUCUGGAAAUAAGAUUUGAGGGGAACAGCCCACACACACAUCACUACUAAGCCUCCUGGAGUUAUUUAGAAAAGCAUCAACAGAGGCAGCAGAUCAUUGAAUGUGCGUAUCUCACAAUAGCAGGAACCCUCGUUUGAAAGUGAAGGCUGUUAGCGUCUGUUACAGGAGAAAUUGUCUUGGUUUGUACUAUUUGUAAUUACUAUAUUUUUUGUAAAUAAACUCACUUUUGUUUGUA